AUGGACACGACCGAGCCACGACGCGGGGCUUCAUUGGAGGUCGACCCUGACCACAACCACAGCCCCGCGUCCUCUGGAAGCCCCCAAGAGCUCCCCGAAGAUCUUCCCAAGUCGCUGGACGACCGCCGAUCGGUCCCGGUGUUCCAACAGGAGACGGAGAUGUACGAUGCGUGGCAAGGCCAGUCGCAAUUCCUUACUACCCCAGUCGCCGCGAAACCGCUGAGCUUCAGCCUCGCCCUCGAUGACCACGCACACGACUCGGAGCACGAGCUACGAGCUCGCGAUAUGGAGGACAGCGACGCUCGAUUAAUGGAAAUGCUCGCCGCACAGGCUGCACAUCGCGAAUUUGACUCCCUUGGUGCCGGUGAAGACAGCGUAGCGGCCGACGAGAAAUUGACAGUCGCGGAGAAGCGGGAUAUUCUUCAAAAGAGCUUGAACAUGGCUGCGAGCAACGGCGACGUGGAGCGGGUGCGGAGGAUCGUUCAAGGAUCCGCUAAAAGCUAUGUCGAUGUCAACAUGCCGGAUGAAGAAGGGACGGUGCCCUUGAUAUACGCGAGUUGCUUUGGACAUCAAGAAGUCGUUGCUGCACUUAUCGAGGCCGGAGCUUUCGUCGACCAGCAAGAUCGCAAUCAAUGGAGCGCUUUGAUGUGGGCUAUGACAAAUCGACACAAAACGAUCGCGAAGACGCUCCUCGACCAUGGAGCUUCGCCGGAUAUCAAGUCUUCCUCUGGUGGUACUGCUUUCGAUUUUGCGCAGCCCGGCAGCGAAAUUUCCGAGUAUCUGCAUGAAAACGGUUACAAUUUUGGACCCAGUGCUAUUGAAGAUGAUUUCUAUGAUGCUGGAUUAGCGCACGGUCGGUUCGAAGACGAGAUUGCUGAGAACGAGAUGAAACGUCGCAUGAUGAUGGAAGAGAGUGCUAUAAAUCUCGAGGUCGACUUGUCCAGCCUUGGAUUAGACGAAAAGUUCGAGGUAGGUGCUCCUGUACGACUAAAAACCAGUCGAAAGAACUUGAAGGCUAACGGCGAGGUGAAGCCUUCGGAUGACGACGAUUUUGAAGAGCAACAGGAGUUCGUCUGGGAUCGAUGCCUGAAUGAUCAGAUGUUCGUAUUCCAAGACCACGAGCUGGAACGUAUAUUGGACAUGAUCAUCACAAACAUGACGCCACAACGGUCCCCUUCUCAAAAGCCUGUGCCAGCGAAUCUCCUGUUCCUCAGCGCGCGUUAUGCACACUAUCAUGCCAGUCCUGAGCUUCUUACGACAUUACUCACAUUCGCCACGGAAAAAAUCAACGAUGUCGUGGAACGUUAUCAAUGGGAUAUGACGAUGCAGGCAUUCUGGUUGUCCAAUGCAACACUUCUGCUUCAUUACCUGAAGAAAGAUGGCGAAUUGCAAGAAGCGACGGUCCAAUUUCAACUUCACUUGGCCGAAUUGAUCAACGAAAUUUUCGUUUUGAUUAUUCGUGAUGCGGAACGGCGUAUGAACAAAGUCCUGGAUGCGGCAAUGCUGGACCAUGAAACCAUCCCUGGGCUGGACGAUAUUCCCUUCCAAAAUGAAUGGAAGCUGUUCAAGAAGAAGAAAUCCGAGGCUCCGGAGCCUGCGGACAAGCGAUUCCGACCCCCAUCGCCACGCCGCCGAGCACAGAUCUCACCGCGCAACAUUACCUCCUUGCUGUCAUCAACGCUGUUUGUCUUAGAUCUGUAUGAUGUACACUCGGUCAUCACCACGCAAAUUCUGUCCCAGCUACUGUACUGGAUCAGCGCGGAAGUCUUCAACCGGAUCAUGAGUACGAGGCGAUACCUGGCGCGAACGAAAGCCAUGCAGAUUCGCAUGAAUGUCUCAACCUUGGAGGAUUGGGCUCGUAAUAACAACCGACAACCGGAACAUUACGAAAACGGUUCUAUGACCAGUACAGGGGAGACCACAGUCGAUGCCGCUCGCCGACACCUGGACCCAGUUAUUCAACUACUUCAAUGGCUGCAAUGCUUCUCGUCGCUCGGUGAUGACCACGAAUCCCUUGUGACAACUCUUCUCCAGCUCCAACAGCUCACUCCGCUGCAGCUAAUCCAUGUCGUGAAGUCAUACCGAGCUGAGGUGGGCGAGAAGGGCUUGACGAAACAGGCCAUGAAGUUUCUCCUCGAUAUGCAGCGUGAUCCAGAAAUCCUGUUCCGGGAACAACAUCGAAUCCAGGUUGAGAAGGAGAAGGCUGCUGCUGCACCAGAAUCAGAUGCACCCGAAGAUCGACCAAAGACACCUUCCAAAGAUGAACCUCAAUCUACACCCGCAACACCCGAUCCGAACCUCGCGUCUCCGGGUUCAGUAGGCACAUCUUCUCGGCCUACGAGUAUCGCUCUACAGUCGAGGGAAGACCGCCCAGGCAAGGAAAGUGUUUUCCUUGACCCAACAUUAUUCCUCCCUUUCUCCCUUCCCACCAGUACAGAUAUGCUCAUCUCCUACGGGGCUGGUCUCGGCGGGACCAACCGUGAGCGAGCAAGAAAGUACAUUCCCACUGUCCCACCGGAGGUUCUCGUCCGCCUCGACCGCGGAAAUGAAGUAUAG